GCUGUGUAGGAGAGAAGCUGGAACUCUAACAAGACGGCAGAAAGUGUAUAACUUGCUGUUUGCUUUAUAGUUAGCAAUCAGGUGCUGUAUUUUGAAACAAAGCGGUCUGUGCCAGUCAUCAUUGAUCAGCCUUUCCUACACACUUGAGCAGGUUUUAAGAAGAUAACCAUAAAGAAGAAGCACUACCAGGAUCUCACCAAUUGCAGUUGAACUUUCUGAUGUACUGUUCUGUAUCUAAAAAAAGGAAACGGGUAAAACAAAGAGUCUGUGCUAUAUUUAGCCUUUCAUAAAUACAGCAGUACGAUUUCUCUUUAGUACUAAACUUAGUGAGGUUAACUGCUGCUGCUGCUGCUGCUGCUGCUGGUGGUACUCGUAACUGCACUGCUACUAUAUCUGCCAUCUGCUGUUGCCUUUGUCGGUUAACAACACCACGGACCAAACUAUAGAAAGAAAGAAAACUGGAGAGACACACACUUCAGGCCCCUUGUGUUUCUUGAUCUUGCUGCUGUACUUCAUGUAAACAGGAAAAAAAAAUCCAUAAUGAUUUUCAAAGAAGUCCACUCCAUUGUCUUGUUCCCUGUGUAUCUAUUAAUGUGGCUGUACACUGCCCUUACCUUUGUCCCAUGGUAUUUCCUUACUGAUGCCCAAAAGAAACAGACCAUGGCAAAGCGGAUAAAAGCCAAAGCCACGUCUGAUAAGACGGAAGGCCCAUAUCGUUCUGUGGAUCACUUCGACUCGCUCGCUGCGAUGACUUUCCCUGGCAUAGACACUUUGGACAAGCUGUUUAGCCAUGCAGUGGAGAAGUUUGGAAAGGCUGAUUGUCUUGGGACCAGAGAGGUUCUGAGUGAGGAAAACGAGAAGCAGCCAUCUGGGAAAGUUUUUAAAAAGUUAAUUCUGGGUGAAUACAAGUGGCUUUCUUAUGAAGACGUAGAUGCUCAGGUGAAGCACUUUGGUAGUGGUCUGGCUGCUCUAGGGCAGAAGCCAAAGAGCACCAUCGCCAUCUUCUGUGAGACUAGUGCAGAGUGGAUGAUUGCAGCUCAGGCUUGUAUCAGAUACAAUUUCCCAUUGGUGACUCUGUACUCCACACUAGGAGAAGAUGCAGUAGCAUACGGUCUGAAUGAGUCUGGAGUCACCCACCUCAUUACUAGUACAGAGCUUCUGGAAGACAAACUUAAGUGUGUGCUGUCGGAGCUGAAGAAUCUAAAGCACAUCAUCUGUGUGGAUAAAAAGAAUAUCAGUAAAACGGGUUAUCCGAAGGAGCUGGAGGUUCACAGUAUGGAAUCUGUGCAGGCGCUGGGAGCCAAACCUGACAACUUAAGUGUAGAACCUUGCAGACCUGUCCCCACGGAUCUUGCUGUCAUCAUGUAUACCAGUGGUUCUACCGGCCGUCCCAAAGGUGUCAUGAUCAUUCACAGUAACCUGAUAGCAGGGAUGACAGGACAGUGUGAGAGGAUACCAGGACUUGGCCCAAAAGACACCUACAUCGGUUAUCUGCCCCUGGCCCACGUGCUUGAAAUGACUGCUGAAAUGUCUUGUAUGACGUAUGGCUGUAGGAUAGGAUAUUCCUCUCCACAGACUCUGUCAGACCAGUCCACUAAAAUCAAGAAGGGAAGUAAAGGGGACUGCUCUGUCCUGAGACCAACCCUGAUGGCAGCUGUGCCGGAAAUAAUGGACCGGAUCUUUAAGAAUGUAAUGUGUAAAGUUCAGGAGAUGAAUUAUGUCCAGAGAACUCUUUUUAAACUAGGAUAUAACUACAAACUAGAACAGAUCACAAGGGGAUAUGAUGCUCCACUCUGCAAUAUGCUGCUCUUUAACAAAGUGAGGGCCUUGUUGGGGGGCAAUGUGCGGAUGAUGCUGUGUGGUGGGGCCCCUCUCUCUCCAGCCACUCAACGCUUCAUGAACAUCUGUUUCUGCUGCCCUGUGGGGCAAGGCUACGGGCUGACAGAGACGUGCGGAGCAGGAACCAUUACAGAAGUGACAGACUACAGCACUGGCCGCGUAGGGGCUCCCCUAAUCUGCUGUGAAAUAAAACUGCGAGACUGGCUUGAAGGUGGCUACACCAAUAAAGACAAGCCCAACCCCCGUGGAGAGAUUGUGAUUGGUGGACCCAAUGUUACAAUGGGAUAUUUUAACAGUGAAAAAGUCAGUGAAGACUUCUUUGUGGAUGAGAACGGGCAGAGGUGGUUCUGUACAGGCGACAUUGGCGAGAUUAAUCCUGAUGGCUGUCUGCAAAUCAUCGAUCGUAAGAAGGACCUAGUAAAGCUACAAGCUGGAGAAUACGUAUCCCUGGGAAAAGUAGAAUCAGCUUUGAAGAACUGCUCACUCAUCGAUAAUAUCUGUGCAUAUGCAAACAGUGAACAGAAUUAUGUAAUAAGCUUUGUGGUACCAAACCAAAAGAAACUGACCUGGCUCGCUGUCAAAAAAAACAUUGAAGGAUCAUGGGAGGAGCUCUGUAAUAAUCCAAUCAUGGAGGGCGAAGUGCUGAAGGAGAUUAAAGAAGUAGCGACUUCAAUAAAACUUCAGCGUUUUGAAAUCCCAGUAAAGGUUCGAUUGAGUCCAGAACCCUGGACCCCGGAGACAGGUUUGGUAACGGACGCCUUCAAGUUGAAGCGAAAAGAGCUCAAGAACCAUUACCUCAGUGAUAUUGACAGAAUGUAUGGAGGGAAAUAGAGCUGCCCUCUUGGGGAAAGGACUGGGCUGGACUAUGAGUAAAGUUCUGGUUAAAAAACUAGCAAAAGCGAUUACCCUUAAACUCUGAAAUAUUCACUGAAGCUCUGCGACCUGGUGGCAUUUUCAUUCUGAAAUGAAAUAUUUAAAUGUUAUUUAUAGAGCCGUCUGGAUUCAAAGGGGCCCUGUGUCGCUCAAUUCACACUAGAUACAAAACACAUUUAUUGUAAAAGAAGUUCAGUUGGCCUCAUGUGUUUUCAGAGUGCAAUUCUUAAUGUCAUCGUCCUUUUAAAUGUAAAACACAAAAUGGUCCGAGUCAAGUGAAAGACAACUGUUUUAAAACUGUUCUAUCUGUUGGUUUUGAUUCAUUGUGGGGGAGGGGACGGACCUGGUGAGAUACUAUUUUAAAACUGCCAUUCAUUUUCUAUGUUAUCUACACACGUCUUUUGUAACUGAAGUAAUUGAACUCUUGAUUAAUGUUGUAUAUGAAUCUUCUGUACAUUUUGCAAAUAUGUUUCAGCGUGUAAAAAGGGAGUAGGUAUUCCAAUAGCUGAUCCACAGACAGAGUCGUUAUUUAAUUGACCAAAACAUUUCAGUGUAGUGAUUGGUGCGGAGCUGUGUGUUGGGAGAUUCUUGGCAAGCUUAAAAGAUCCUGAUGUCUGUCUUUUUUAUGGCACUUCCCUGAUUCCAGAUGAAAAACAAUGUAUGGCAAUAUACCAUGCCUGCGUUUAAGAAACAAGGUGUUUGUUAAUAUAAUUCAAUUCCUCUCAAAGACGUAGCUUUGUGCUUAUAGCUCUCAGACUUGAUUUAACAAUGCUUAUUCACAUUAGUGCAAAUGAUCAAAGGUUAUCCAAAUUUUAUAUAUAUUAUUUUGAGUGUCAUGCUUUAUUUCACCAAUAGUUCCAAGAAACAAACUGGUUUUGUGGGUGUGGCUAUUUAUUUAUUUAUUUAUGAGCAUUUAUUUAGAUAUUACCGCACGGAACCCUAAUACGGAACCAGUACAGAUGAUAUACGUUGCACAUUUCUUCUAAAUAUAUACUGCAUUUGCUAUAUAACAAGAAAAAAAAAACUAUUGGUGAAGAGUAUUAGUGUCCAGUCUUAAUAUUGCAUCACUCAAAUUGAAACUUCAGAGGUGGCCAUUUUCAAUGUCGGUAUCUGUAGCACCUAUUUUUUAAAAAAAUGUUAACAAACUGUGUAUGUUUAGAAACAGAUACAGCAAAAGGGGUUGAAGAAUUUUGACAAAACAGUAAAUUCAGUUGCAAUGUUCUGUUUAAAAUAAACUGAGAAAUUAUUUCAGAGACUAUUGGUGGCAGUAUUUUUCUGGACAUCUGGGUGCUUUGUUUUGUGUCGGAUACACUUACAAUCAUGGCAUCUGUAUUGUGUUGAGCACUGGCCCUUUCAAUCAGGGACUAAUUAUGCUCCUGUGGUCAAUAUAAUCUUACUGAAGAAAAUGACAUGUUAUUAUCUCUUACUGAAUUAGCAAUAUUAUCACUGCCCUUUCUUCUGCUCCGCGAACGAUCUGGUUAUUCAGAUUAAUAAAACACAGUGCUAUGGCAUUCCUAAUACCAGAUCACUGCACUUGGAGUUAAUCUAAGCUAUUGUACUACACAGGAAAUGAAUAUAUUAUGUUGUGUAAAUAUGCAUAGCUGCAUUAAAAUAAAACAAACAAGGGAAGAAUCACGAGAUCUUCAGUAUAACAUGGAGACCAUGAUAAUUUUUGAAAUACUAUAAGAAACUUCAUAAAUUCAAUGGCUAGAAGUCUUUCUCAGUCUUCAGUGAUAAUGCUGGUAGUGCAAAUAAGAUGAUGAAUUUUAAAGUCUUUGUUAUCCCCCCCUUUUUUUAAGAUUACUUCAUUUCUUAAAAACAGAUUUAAGCCAAGAUAGAAAUCUUCCAGCUUUCACUGUGCACUAUCCCUACAUUGUACAUUGUGUAAAAACAAAUCUUACCAUUUUUAGUUUUGCACUUGUCCUCUCACUAUUGCCUAAUAUGCUGUAUUAAUGUAUUUGUAAUUGCAGGUUUAGUUAACCAACUCUAUAUUUGAAAGUUAUUUUAUACAUUGAAAAACAGUACAGCUGGGUUAUAUCUAUGCUGUGUGUGUGUGUGUGUGUGUCUGCGUGUUAGUGUUUUGUAUAUUGCUAAGCAUUGCUCAGACUUUCAAAAGCACCAUUUGUUUCUGCCGAUACAUUUGUCCAUAUGUUCAUUAAAACCUGCUUGCAUGUAAGCUAUUGCUUUCUUCAGCACAGUUGCUUUAAAUGGCACAAACCAUUAUUACAUUUAAAACCCAAUCCUUCAAAGAUAGCUUCUGUAGUUUUUUUAAUAUAAAGAAUGUAUUUUGGAGCAAUGGAAUAUGAACAAUUCAAUUUUCAACAAAUCUUUUGCAGUACAAUGCAUCGAUUUAUUAAUUCGGCUCUUCCAAAUCAUAAAUUACAAAAACAAAUUCCUGAACCCUCCUGAAGAUUCUCUCAUCGUUUGGGCAGUGAAUCAAAUGAAAUGCGUUUUAAUGUUGAAAGUUUGUAUGCAAAAGGCCAAUUUUUAGAGGAUUCAGAAGCAGUAAAAUAUUCCUAAUAAAUUGUUAUUACAGAACAUUCCGUCUUUUAUAAUGAACGUGUUACUUGAACGUGUUUGUUUGGAUAAUAUUAUGUAAUCGGGUUGCACAAGGAAGAAACAGACCAGAAGAUCAAACUUUUCAGUGGUUAGUAGCAUUACAGCCAGGUAAAAAAACAAAAGUUUGAUGCAUUUUCCCAUUUUGUGUGUAAUAUUCUGCUUUAUGCGACAAUUGAACACAAGUACACUGAUGAUGUGGCGCUCUGUUUUUUUAUUGGAGUUGUGUAUCUAGUGUAGUGCAUAGUAAUUCUUAAAGUAAAAGCUUUUUUCAUCAAGCACAUUUUUAUGAACUGAUGGCAAAAUGUAACAGAAGCAAUGUCACAUAGUUUACAUGGGUAACAGUUCUGAGAGAGAGAAUUAUGUAUUUUUAUAAUUUAUUUAAAGUUGUACAACACUUGAAACAAAGAUAACUUGUGUGUAAGAUCUUGCAAUAAAAUAAAUAUGUUAACAAAA